AUGGCUGUAGCAGCACAGAGAACAGAGCUCAGCUCUGGCUGGUCUUUUAAACAAACCGAUACUGGUGACGAAUGGCUUCCGGUAACCAAAGUCCCCAGCGUGUGUCAUCUAGACUUAAUCGCAAACAAAAAAAUUCCAGACCCGUUUGUUGGCCUGAACGAAAUAGAUGUCGAGUGGGUGGGCGAGAAGUCAUGGACUUAUCGAACAACCUUUUCCGCGCCACAACGAGCAGACGGUACUGACGUCUACCUCAUUUUUGAGGGACUCGACACUAUCGCCACUGUCAAAUUAAACGAUGCAGUUAUUCUUCAGAGCGAUAACAUGUUUCUCAGCCACCGAGUCAACGUGACUAAACUGAUUCAGGAGAAAAACAGUCUGGUUAUUGACUUUGGAAGCGCUCUGCUUCGAGGUCGUGCUCUCGAGAAGGAACAUUCAGAGUACCGUUUCAUUGCGCACAACGGCGAAACUGGUCGUUUGGCAGUCCGCAAGGCUCAAUACCACUGGGGUUGGGAUUGGGGACCUGUGCUCAUGACGGCGGGACCUUGGCGACCAGUAUAUCUCGAAGUGUCAUCUGCAUAUGUUGAUGAUGUUAGAAUUAACUACACUGUUACUGAGGACUUGAGUUCCGCUGCUGGUUCAGUUCAGGUUGACCACCAUGGGCAAGUCGAUGAAAUUCGACUGUCCAUUACGCACCAAGGACAGGAGGUGUUCACCACCUCUACGAAAGUGGGAGCCGGGGGAGCCCUCAACUUUGAGCUAGAUGAUCCGAAGUUGUGGUACCCUGUCGGCUACGGCGAUGCCGCACUCUACGACUUUAACAUUGACCUUAUCCGCAACGGAAUCGUGCUUGACACCAUGAUCAAGAAGACUGGUUUGAGAAGGGCAGAACUUAUCCAAAAAGAAGAUGCCUACGGAGAGUCAUUUUACUUCCGAAUCAAUAACAUCGAUGUGUUUGCCGGCGGCUCCUGCUGGAUUCCCGCGGAUAACUUCCUGCCACGACUCACCAAAGACAAGUACCGUGACUGGCUGAAUCUCAUGAUCGAAGGUAAUCAAAUCAUGACUCGCGUAUGGGGCGGUGGCAUCUACGAGGAUAAUGCUUUCUACGACAUCUGCGAUGAGCUAGGUAUCCUCGUCUGGCAGGAUUUCAUGUUCGCUUGCGGCAGUUACCCAACCUGGAAAUCACUCCGCGACUCAGUUGAAGAAGAGGCAAGACAGAAUGUUCGGCGCCUUCGCCACCACCCGUCAAUUGUGAUCUACGCUGGCAACAACGAGGACUAUCAGAUCCAAGAACAGUACAAACUGGAGUAUGACUACGAGAAUAAAGACGCUGAGUCUUGGUUGAAGACUGGUUUCCCAGCUCGUUACUACUAUGAGCACUUAUUGGGAACGGUGGUGGCGGAUGAGAGUCCAAGUGUCCCAUAUUGGCCAAGUUCGCCGUUUUCCAAAGGGAAGAAUAGCUUUGAUCUGACUGUUGGUGAUGUACAUCAGUGGAAUGUUUGGCACGGCACACAGGAAAAGUACCAAACAUUCGACCGAAUUGGAGGCAGAUUCAACAGCGAGUUUGGUCUUGAAGCAUUCCCCAACAUGCGUACAAUUCAGUCGUUUGUAACAAAAGCUUCCGAAUUUUAUCCACAAUCACACGUUAUGGACUUCCACAACAAGGCAGACGGUCAUGAGCGCCGGAUCGCGACCUAUGUCGUCGAGAACUUCCGUCCUCCAGCCAAUCUCGAGGCACACAUCUACCUGACGCAACUGAUGCAGAGCGAAGCCCUGGCAUAUGCUUACCGCGGAUGGAGACGACAAUGGGGAGAAGAACGUCGGUGUGGUGGCGCUCUCGUUUGGCAAAUAAACGACUGCUGGCCCUGUACUUCGUGGGCCAUCGUGGACUACUACCUUCGAAAGAAGCCAGGAUUCUAUACGAUUGCCCGUGCUUUGCGUCCUGUGAGUGUCGGUGUUCAGCGAGAGCAUCACGACUGGAGUGUCUGCCAUGCCCGCCCAGCUAAGCAGUCUACCUUCUCUGUUUGGGUAUCAAGCAACAAACAGCAAUCUAUUAUGGGCGACGUUGAGAUACGAUUCGUGUCCAUCGCCACGGGUGAGGAUAUCAAGCCUGCGAUUCGGAAGACGGGCUUGACCAUCACCCCCAAUGGCACCACGUCGGCUUACACUGGCACCAUUGAUAAUCUCAAGGAAGAGCCACAUGUACUUUCAGUACGUUUGUUCUCUGGGGAUGAAGUAAUCGCACGGGACAUGGACUGGCCGCAACCCUUCAAAUACUUGUCAUUUGAGAACAGGGGCGUGGAUAUAGUGGCUGCGGGCGGUCGGUAUACAGUGACUGUGAAGCGCCCAACGAAGGGAUUGGUUCUUAAUGAGUUUGAUAAUCAGAUUUUGAGCGAUAACUGCAUUGACUUGGUACCUGGGGAUACUCAAGUUAUUGAAGCAAAAGGGGGAUUUAAGGAGGGCAACGUACCUGUCUUCCGGUAUCUGGGAGAUCAAGACGUGUGA